UUGCUUAGUCUGUGUGUCUUUCUCUGUGUCCUCCUCCCCUACCAGUGUGCUCUUUUGCCUCAUUCCGCUUCUCUGUCACGUAUGAUAACGCCACCUUCACCAUUAUUCUUCCAUAAAACAUUUUUUUAGUCCAAUCAAAAUUUUCUUCAAAAUUUUUUUUUUUCCUUUUUUUUCCCCCUUAAACCUCCUCUGCUUCCUACUAUUUACUCGUUUCCCCUCCUUUUUCACUACCCAAUUCCUCAUUCAGCUCUCUUUCUUUCUCUGUCUCUCGUUCACACACACACACACACACACACACACACACAGUCUCUGAUCCAAUAAACCGCUCGUUCCUGUCCUCCGGCGAAAUUUUCCAGACCCAUGUCCUAAAACCCACCUAAAAAGAAAAGCUUUCACUUUUUGAAAGCCGACCCAAUUCAAUUACCAAUCUUCCCCAAAUUGGGUCUCUCUCUCUCUCUCUCUCUCUCUCUCUCUCUGAUGAGUCUCACCUCUUUGAAUGGCUCAAGGUUUCCCAUAUCUUCUCCGCUUUUACGUACUUUACCUAUUCACUCUUUUCUGCGUGACCCUUUGCUCGAGUGGUGGUGUUGAAUUUAAUGAUGAUGAAUUCUCGAUCAUGGGUUUCGAUGUGGAUGCGUUCCAUGGAGAUUAUACACCUCCGUCUCCGCCUCAUCCGUCACCGCCGCCUCAUCCUCCGUCGGUUUCGUGCGAGGAGGGUCUUAAGGGAUAUGGGUCUCUCAACACCUUGUGCGAGCUGAAUUCUAGUUUGAGUUUCGAAGAGGAUAUGUAUAUAGAAGGGAAAGGAAGUUUGUAUAUACUUCCUGGUGUUAAUUUGAACUGCCCUUUAUUGGGUUGCUCAAUUUUGAUCAAUGUUAGUGGGGAGUUUAGUUUAGGUAGAAAUUCAAUGAUUGUUGCUGGGUUGGUGUCUGUGAAUGCUUGGAAUGCGAGUUUUCUGGAUGGGUCGGUGGUGAAUGUGACGGGUUUGGCUGGUCAGCCUCCGGCGCAGACGAGUGGCACGCCGAGUGGUGUUCAGGGUGCGGGUGGAGGGCAUGGUGGGAGAGGAGCUAGUUGUGUUACGGAUAAUACUAAGCUUCCGGAUGAUAUUUGGGGUGGGGAUGCGUAUUCAUGGUCGUCUUUGGAUGAGCCGGCAAGUUAUGGAAGCAAAGGAGGUACGACUAGUAAAGAAGAGAAGUAUGGUGGGGAAGGAGGUGGGAGGAUUUGGUUGGAGAUGAACAGCACUAUUGAUAUUUCUGGAAAUCUGUUCGCGGAUGGAGGGAAUGGUGGUACGAAGGGUGGAGGAGGGUCUGGAGGCAGCAUUUAUAUCAAAGCUCAAAGAAUGACUGGAAGUGGUAUGAUAAGUGCAGCUGGGGGUAAUGGAUUUGCUGGAGGUGGUGGUGGAAGAAUUUCCAUCAAUGUUUUCAGCAGGCAUGAUGAUACACAGUUCUUUAUUCAUGGAGGAAGGAGUUUAGGGUGUCCUGAGAAUUCAGGUGGUGCUGGGACAUAUUAUGAUGCUGUACCCCGGAGUCUUACUGUCAGUAACCACAACCUGUCCACACAGACUGACACGCUUCUGAUGGAGUUUCCUAAACAGCCACUUUGGACAAACGUUUAUAUUGAAAAUCAUGCCAAGGCUUUGGUUCCUCUGUUCUGGAGCCGUGUUCAGGUUCGAGGACAAAUUCGUUUAUCAUGUGGUGCAGUUUUGAGUUUUGGGCUUGCACAUUUUGCUACAUCAGAGUUCGAGCUAAUGGCAGAAGAGCUUUUGAUGAGUGACUCUGUUGUUAAGAUAUUUGGGGCACUUCGUAUGUCUGUCAAAAUUCACUUGAUGUUGAACUCCGAAAUGCUCAUAGAUGGUGGCAAUGACGCAAUUGUUGCAACAUCCUUGCUUGAGGUCAGCAAUUUAUUGGUUCUCAAGGAAUCGUCUAAGAUACAUUCUAAUGCAAAUUUGGGAGUUCAUGGACAAGGUUCCUUGAAUUUGACCGGAGCAGGAAACCUGAUUGAAGCACAACGACUUGUUCUGUCAUUAUUUUUUAGUAUCAGUGUUGGGCCUAAAUCUUUUCUGCGAGGUCCCUUGGAGAGUUCCAGUAGCAAUUACACGAAGCCACAGCUCUACUGUGAUCUCCCAGAUUGUCCCAUGGAAUUACUUCACCCACCAGAAGACUGUAAUGUGAAUUCCACAUUAUCUUUCACUCUUCAGAUCUGUCGAGUUGAAGUGGUCAUUGUUGAAGGCAUCAUGAAAGGAUCUGUUAUUCAUUUCCACUGGGUUAGGACUAUAACAGUCCCCUCUUCUGGAGUAAUUAGUGCAUCUGGACUGGGCUGCAUCGGUGGGGCAGGUAGAGGGCAGUUUUUUGAAAAUGGUCUUGGCGGUGGUGGUGGGCAUGGUGGCAGUGGCGGGGAUGGAUAUUAUAAUGGGUCAUUUGUUGAGGGUGGUGUUACUUAUGGAGAUGCUGAUUUACCUUGUGAACUUGGCAGUGGUAGUGGAAAUGAUAGCCUAGCUGGUGCAACUGCCGGUGGUGGUAUUAUAGUGAUGGGUUCAAUGGAGCAUGCAUUGUCAAGUUUGUCUCUUGAUGGUUCACUUACAGCUGAUGGAGAAAGCUUUGGAGAAGAUUUCUCAAAGCAAAAUGGUAGAGCAAUUUCGAACAUAGGUCCAGGAGGUGGCUCUGGUGGAACUAUUCUUUUGUUUGUUCAUUUAUUGGCACUUGGUGAUUCUUCUACAAUCUCAACUGUCGGAGGACAUGGUAGUCCCAGUGGUGGCGGAGGUGGUGGUGGUGGAAGGGUUCAUUUUCAUUGGUCAGAAAUUCCAGUUGGAGAUGCAUAUCUGCCUAUAGCAAGUGUGAAAGGAAGCAUUCUUACUGGGGGAGGAUUUGGUAGAGGUAAUGGGCGUGGUGGGAAAAAUGGGACUAUUACUGGAAAGGCCUGUCCGAAAGGGCUUUAUGGUAUCUUCUGUAAGGAAUGCCCUGUAGGCACUUAUAAGAAUGUCACUGGAUCUGAUAGAGUGCUGUGUCAAGAGUGCCAUUCUUCCAAGCUUCCUCGACGUGCUGUAUAUAUCACUGUUCGAGGAGGCGUUACUGAAACUCCUUGUCCAUACAAGUGCAUCUCCGACAGAUAUCACAUGCCAAACUGUUAUACAGCACUUGAAGAGUUGGUGGACACUUUUGGUGGGCCAUGGUUAUUUGGUCUUGUUCUGUUAGCUCUCCUCAUCCUGUUAGCUCUAGUGCUUAGUGUUGCAAGAACGAAAUAUGUUAGUGCUGAUGAGGUACCAGCCCUUGUGCCUCCUCAGCAUGGCUCUCGGAUUGAUCAUUCUUUCCCUUUUCUGGAGUCACUUAAUGAGGUUAUGGAAACAAAUAGAAAUGAGGAGUCACAAAGUCAUGUGCACAGAAUGUAUUUUAUGGGGCCAAACACUUUUAGUGAACCUUGGUAUCUUCCCCAUUCUCCUCCAGAACAAGUUAUAGAACUUGUAUAUGAGGAUGCGUUCAAUAGAUUUGUGGAUGAGAUAAAUGGUUUAGCUGCUUACCAGUGGUGGGAAGGAUCAGUCUACAGUAUUCUAUCUGUUCUAGCAUAUCCACUUGCAUGGUCAUGGUUACAGCAGUGUCGGAAAAGGAAGUUACAGCAACUUCGUGAAUAUGUUCGCUCAGGAUAUGAUCAUGCUUGCUUGCGUUCUUGCCGUUCACGUGCUCUCUAUGAAGGACUUAAGGUGGCUGCAACUGCUGAUCUAAUGCUAGCAUAUGUGGAUUUCUUCCUUGGUGGCGAUGAAAAGAGAGCUGAUCUUCCUCCUAGUCUUCAUCAACGAUUUCCAUUAUCUUUGGUUUUUGGAGGAGAUGGAAGUUACAUGGCUCCUUUCUCUCUCCACAACGAUAACAUUCUUACGAGCCUUAUGAGUCAGUCUAUUCCACCUACCAUAUGGCAUCGGCUUGUAGCUGGUCUAAAUGCUCAACUGCGCUUAGUACGCCGUGGACACUUAAAAAUAACUUUUGGCCAUGUUGUCAGCUGGCUUGAAACACAUGCCAACCCAGCAUUAUGUGCAUAUGGUGUACAUGUUGAUCUUGCUUGGUUUCAGCCUACAGCUUCUGGAUAUUCCCAGUUUGGACUUGUGAUAUGUGCUAUUGAAAGUACAACUGUGCGGCAAUCACUGGAGAAUCAAAAUACCUCAUUGUUACCUGUGCAACAGUCUCGCAUGCCAAUAAUUAAUAGGGAUACUUCACAGGACCAUUUGAGAGUCGGCGAACGUCUAAUGGCACGGAAGAGGUUAUUUGGAGGGAUUUUACAUACAAAGAGCUUAAGAGUGCUUAAAGAGAAGAGGGCUAUAUGUUUUCCUUUUUCAUUCGUAGUUUAUAAUGCUAAACCUGUAGGACAUCAGGAUCUCGUUGGUUUGAUCGUCUCUAUACUGCUGCUUGGAGAUUUUAGUUUAGUCUUGAUCAAUUUGCUUCAACUGUAUUCUAUUUCGCUGCUUAACUUCUUUCUAGUUUUGUUUAUCCUUCCUCUUGGCCUCCUAUUUCCAUUUCCAGCUGGAAUCAGCGCUUUGUUUAGUCAUGGACCUAAACGAUCAGCUGGUCUUGCGCGUGUAUAUGCUUUAUGGAAUAUCACAUCCUUGAUCAAUGUUUUGGUUGCUUUCAUAUGUGGAUUGAUUAAUUAUACAACCCACUCAAGCAAAAAGCAUUCAAACUUUCAGUCCUGGAAUUUUAGCAUGGAUGAAAGUGAAUGGUGGGUGCUUCCUUCUGGGUUGGCCCUCUGUAAAAUUAUCCAGGCGCGACUCAUCGAUUGCCAUAUAGCUAACCAGGAGAUUCAGGAUCACUCUCUAUAUAGCAGUGACCCCGACCUGUUCUGGCAAACGUGAAAGCGUCCGUUGAUUAUGUACAGCCCUACCUAGACACCUCCCCCUUUUUACUUUUUUUUUCCCUUUUGAUCUUUAUCCUAAUGAUUUUUUCAUACAUGUUUUGGGAAAGCAGGUUAGUGGUGCAUAGAAAUAGAUAGAUUGAGAUAGAAAAUAUAUAAAUAUAGAGAUAGAGAGAUGUAAAGAGUGUGAUCAAAUGGUGUAACCCCUGAUAACAUGACACAGGUUUUCAAUAUAUAUAAGUAGGUUGUGCCUACACUUCUAUA